AAUUUAUCAUAAGUUAGCUAAAAUUUAAAAUAAAUAAAUUAUUGAAGGUGUGUCGGAAGUCCUAAAAUCCAAAAAAAAUUAUAACGACAAAACGUGGACCUCUCACAAAAUAUUUGGACGGAUGGGUCCGCCCUUGCAUAUAUAAGUGUAUUAAAUGGAGUAUUUACAUAUUGACUGUGACUAAAAGUCUAAAACCGUAGAUAUGUGAAUGAAUGAAUGAAUGAAUGAAUGAAUGAAUGAAUGGCAAUGAUAUGCUAGCUCUUAUUGAAAUGCAACUCGAUUAAUUUAUUCAAUGAAGUAUUCGUUACGUUUUAUGAUAAGUUGGAAUAUAUAACAAAUCAGGAACUGAACUUUGAUAUUUAACAAACUUGUUGGUUGUUAAAUUUUAUGACCUUCAUGCCUUGGCUUGGAGGGAGUGUUGGAAUGUAAAUAACUACCACGAAUGCAAACCAGAGAACCCGGAAAGGUUUCAAAGAUAAUUUUUUAUUGUUUGGCAUAUUUUUAUUAUAGGGUACCAAUUAGUAAUUUUGUAGCUGUGAUCUCCUAAUUACCCUAGGUUAGUUCGAUUGAAUGGUAUUAGAGAGCUUGCUUCCCUUCCCUCACAACUUUUGUAACACAUAUCGUAAUAUUGUAUAGUUCUACCACUAGGAGAUGAGUUACGGCGGCCAACCUACAGUUGACGAAUGUUCAGAAAGAAAGAUGGGCGAUGAGACUGACCAGCGAUACGAAUACAAAGAAAAGCACUUAGAGGAGCGUGCAUAUUCGAUCCGGAAUAUUCUUACUAGGCCGUUAGGUUCUUUAAGAGGCAUGUCUUAGAUCUCUUUAAUGAAUUUUAGUGUCAGGUGCAGAUGAAAGAAAGAAAUCCACACAGAAAAAAAGAACUUCUGGCAGAAGAAAGGUUGGAUCAGAGAUUACGAGCGGGAUAAGGAAGAAAUAAGGGAAAACAGCAUUUGAGGAAUAAGACGGAUCCCUACUCUACAGGCUUGUUACUAGAGCGUAUAACUUUGAUUACUUCAACAGCUAACAAGCUUACACUCGGCGCGACACAAUUUCUAUUCUGCGCAGACAUAGGUAAACUCUAUCUGAGAGCUCAGCUCUUCGUGUAUUAGUCCCGUUCAUGAGUGAUAUCACGUAAAUCCUUGUCUUUCUUACUUAUGUGUUCACUAAAUUUCAAUGGGAGUGGUAGAGAUCAUGGUAGUUUUGGAUUAUGUUACAAUCAGGUCCUCGGAUUAACUUCCAGGACAACUCGAAAGUAGUCUAUUCAUUUAAAAAAAAUAAAGUUUAGUGACUGAUCUAUUAGUGACCCAAAUCAUAUCUAGUGACCACAAAAUUAAGUUUUAUAUAUAGGAUGAACUAGGGCUAGAGGGGUCUUAUCUAUUAGUUUUCUGAUCUGAUUAAUUACUGUGUCGUCUGGGCAUCUACAAGGCUGCAGGCUCCUGCGUUACUGAAUUCCAAGACAGUAAAUUAAUACAGAAAAGGAAGUUUCAUUUCUGUGGCUGGCUGUGGGUCGUAUACGUACGUGAAUUCCAAGACAGUAAAUAAUACAGAAACAGACUCUAUCAUAUCAUCAGGCCGCUAGCAGUGUAAACAGAUUUUUGUCUACCUAGCUAGGGUGAAAAUUGAAAAUUAACUAUGAUAUGAUAGCAGGAGUGAAGAAAGAUGUGGAAUAACUGCAAGAGGAGUCCCUCCCUGGUACGGUUUGGUGAUAUUGUGCUAGCUAGGAAGAUGCAUGUUGAAGUGAGUGAAAAUCAUUACUGUACUGUUACUGUGUAUUCUGUCCAAGGUAGAGCCCAAUGAUCUGCAAGUUACUUAAUGGGGAAACUGCAUGCAGGCGUCAAUAUCGGUUUUAUUGUGAGUGAAUAUUUGUUACUGUGGGCGUACGAGUACGUAGGACCGCCAUUUUCAUGCAUGCAUGAUGAUGAAUAUUGAAUAGUAGUGUGUAUUCCAAAAAUAGUAAAUACUCAAACAGAUCACACAGGACUUAAUUGCACUCUCUAUCAGACUGCAGACAGCUAGCUAGCUAGCUAGCUCCGUAAAAUAUUUUGGCUGCCGACAGUUAAAAUUCAAAAUUUGCCUAUAUAUAUCUCAAAUUAUUCUAUCAUAAAUGUCCAAUCCUUUGAAACAAGUCCUAUAACAUUUAACAAAAGGAUUGUAAUUAAUAUGCGUUUGUUCUUGAGUUGUAGAUCCAGUUAAUUUCUCACUUGCAAAUGCGUUGAGGUGGAAGAAGCCUCAAUGUGCCUAGGUAGGAUCGUGACGGAAACAUGCCCUUCCGGUUUAUUGUCAUGUUACGUAACUUACGUUUUAAACGGUUUAAUUGUGUUUUGACUUUGAGUAUACAUUAAGAAUGUUUUGUGCAUUUGGUUACUAUUAUGAUUUUUUUAGUUGUUAAUGGUUUCUUUUAAUUUAUAAAAAAAAGAGUAGCUUAAAGAGAUUUGGUUCUCUGUAUAUUCUGCAAUCUGUGAAGUGUUAAAAAAAUUAAGCAGAUUACAAAAGAAUUCAUCGCUCAACUCUCUUCCUCUUUAAGGGCCGCCGGAAUCCAGUCGUCUGUCUCCGUGGCCCUGAUAGCUUUGAAUUUCCAGAUGACAAAGCCCACUAGGAUAAAGAAAGCCCACAAGAAGAGUCUACCCAAAGUGAUGACUCAACAAAGCCCAGGCAGUAAAACCAACUACUCAUUUUUUCCUUUCAAUUAUUCGAGACUUGUAUCACAAUCCGUGUUCAAGAAGACACGAUUAAUCUCUCGCCUAGGCGCGAUUAAUAGUUGGGGAGGAGGAAACGCCUCAUCUAGCCCUGGGCGAUUGAUCUAGGCGUGCUAGACGAUUAAUCUCUAUGGAAAACGCCUAAUCGGCGCCUAGGCGCUCGGCGGCGCGUUUUCACUUUGGUGGGCGAGGCCCAGAACAACUAAUAAAGGGGGAAAGUGUAGCCUUUUUGUGGAAAUCUCAAACCUUAUUCUGUUUUCCAUUUCCAUUUGACCAGCCGCACCCCCUCAUUUACCAGCAACGAGAUCCCUUCUCAUGGUUGGCGACUUGGGAUUGUGGAAAAGGAUUGUAUGUGUAUAUGAAUGGAUGAAUAAUGAUAUGUCAACUUGGAUUUUGUGGAAUAUGGCUUAUCUAUCAUUUUUUUUUUUUCAACGUUUAAUAAUCUCGCCUAGGCAACGACUAAUCGGCAUGGGCGUUGGGCGGUGCCUCCUCACCUAAAUAGCGCCUAGCGUCUUCUUGAACAUUGAUCACAAUUCGUACUAACCAUGCAAUUUAUCCUUAUAUUACAUGAAUUAUUUCAUUCCUCAAAAAGUGUAUUUUAUAAUCCUAACCUAAUCCUAAAAUUGAAUUUUUUUCGAAUGAACAGGUAGUAUUCCCCUGAGAAGUCGCUUUCUGCGACUAACUGAUCUUCUUGUUUCUCAUCAUCCAUGCAUGGAUUCUGAUUUUUCUUUAUUUGCUUGUUUUAUCAAUUUUUCCAUUGGCUAAGCUAGUAAAUUGAUUCUUCAAUCAUAUCACUCUAAAACUCCUUUCUUGAAUUCAUUCGUUCGUCCAAAGUGCUCUUAUAUUCUUUUGUCUCCUCCCAAAUCUAUUUUUCUGAUAAAGGGAUGGGUAGUAUGGCAAAUGGCAAUGGCGAUUUGCCUUUUUGAGGAGAAUAUAUACUGCUGAUGGGUGGGGGUGGAGGUGCCUCUCUUUCUCCCCAUUGGGAUGGCCAUCAUGGCAUCAUCAUCUACCUCUAAAAAGUUGCCUUAUCCUCUUUCAACUUUCCCGGCUCAUGGGCAAGUUUCGUUCACUCUUGGUGUCCGGGAAGUUAAUUUCCAUCUUUCCUUUUAUGGUUUCUAGAGAAUUUUUUUCUCAACAUGGGGUAUAAGCUAGAGUGGAGGAAAAUAUGACUAAUGGGCACUUAAUGUGUUUGUGGUGGGUAAAUAGGAUUUUUUUUUUUUUGUCAUUAAGGAGUCUCUCGUUUAAAAAUAUGUGUCGAACAAGUUAUCUCAAAAUUCAUUUGAGAUUCCGAUCAAAUGAUGUGUAAACUCGUUUCCAUUUUUGACAUAGAAUUAUCAAAUAUCAUUUUGGUUAUGGUAAGUUGAGUCUAUAAGUGUUAUUUUUGCAAUAAAGGAUGAGUUUUUUCCCCUUCUUUGGAACCACGGGAGAAAAACUCAUUUUCCUUCUUUAUCUCGACUUGAAAAAUUAUACUGGUUAAUUAGAUCAUCAGGGCGAGGACGGUAUGUCUCCUCUUGUCUGUAUGUGGAAUAGUGCGGUAUGUGUUGGUUCCCAUUCAGCGGGAGGGCUGAUUGUGAAGGAUAGCGGUGGGACUGUGGUGGCGGCGAAAGGGUUGGUUUUUGAGGGUGUGGUUGACCCCCUGGUGGUAGAGACUAUUUCCCUGCGUGAAGCUCUCCAUUGUUGUCAGGACCUUGGCAUCCCUCAAGUGAGGUUUGAAGGUGAUGCAAAGAUACUCAUUGACAAAAUUAAUGCUAAGGAUGCGCGGGAUAGUCGGGUAGGGGCUAUUAUCAAGGAGAUUCUGAGUCUGCUAAGGGUGCAUAGUGGUUUUUGUGUUCGGUUCGUUGGUCGGAAUAGCAAUAGGGUAGCACAUUCAGUGGCUAGGAAGACCCUUUCUUUGUCUCCGGCCUCGAGUCGAUUGUAUGAUUUUCGUGCUUGGGUUGAAUCCAGGGUGUAACUUCUGAUCUUAUCAAUAUAUUUAUAAUUAUCUUUGGUUAAAAAAAAAGACUUAGCAACCAGUUAUUUAAGCACUAUCAUUUUUGAACUAAUGUCACAAUCUAGACGCAUGACAUUUCACUUAAAGGGUUUCUAUAUCAUUUUUCAAGAACUAAUUAGUUUCAAUAUCUCGAGUUAUUAAACGAAGUCAUAUCAGGAAGUCGUUAUUCCUCUCUCCCGAGCCAACAAGAAUAAAGAACCCACAACGACCCAAAUGUUUACUCUAACAAGUAUUAAUUACAAUCAAAUUCAAAUGAAGGCAAUUCAUUUUAGAAAAUAUCAGUUAACGAGUAGUGCCCAUUAGAUAUCGUUAUGCAACUUGAAUUGAUUUGUUGACUCAAACAAUAAUGCUCCUGAUUAAGGAAUUUUGAUAAGAAAACCACAAAAUGGGUUGAAAUUUAAAGUCAAAAUCUCCUUAGAGUUGUGAAAACAACUUUUCAACCACCUCAAUUACGCGGUAUAUUGUGUUGUCAAAAUUCUCGCAUCAUUUCAACAACCUUAAUUAGGAGGACUUCUACUAUAUAGUAUUGGUGGUUUAAUGUACAACUUAAUGUUGUACCAUAACAUUAAAUGUAUAAGUUUAUGUUGUACCAUAAAGUAAUUUGUAUCAUUAUGUUAUGGUACAACUCAGUGGCGGACCGAGAAAUUUUCCAUAGGGGUGUCCUCUUUUAAAAAAUAAAUUAAAUAAAAAUAAAAAUAAUUAAUAAAAAUAAAAUCGUAAAUAUGAAAAUAUUUUACUCGUACAGGUUAAAAAAUUUCAUGAUGUGUUUUCAUAUUCGAAAUAAUUGUAAAAUACACUUGGUGUUUAUAGUGUUAAAAAAAUUCUCUAUAUACCCUACUAGACAAUCAUUCAGGAACUUAUCGCAUAUUUAAUUUGUAAACUUGUUCUUGAUGUAACCCAAAGUUGAAAGACUCUUCAACACUCGCCGUACAAUCAUAAAAUCAAUACAAAUUAAGGGUAGAUUGAAAUUAGUUUAGAUUGAAAUAAUUAGAGAUAGGGAAUGACUUUUUACUAUUACACAUUGUUCAAAAUCGAACAACAAAUGAGUUGUAGCUCAACGGAAAUUAAGUUUAUUAAUAAUAAUAGUGUUCUAGAUUUGAAUUACCCAACAUACCAUUUAUAUUUUUAUACACAAAUGACAGUAGGACAAUCAUUUUUUCAAAUUUUAGGGGUGUCCCUCACUAUCAAUUAUAUAUUUUUUUGUCUAUACGUAAAUUACCACCGGGGGUUAGAUAAUCAUUUUCCCGAAAUUUAGGGGUGUCCGGGGACACCCCUAAAACCCCUUGGGUCCGCCCCUGGUACAACUUUACAACUUGAAGUUGUAUCAUCACAUAAAGGUACAAGUUCAAGUUGUACCAUAAAAUAAUUUGUACAAAAUGUAUAGGUACAAUCUGAAAUUGCACCAUAACGUAAAUGUACAAUUUUAAGUUGUACCAUAAAACAAAAUCUUAUAGCACCAAUACUAUAUAGCAUUGUAAAAUUUCUCCAUUAAUUACUCGUCUUAUCAAACUUUUACCCCAUUAAACACAUUUUAUUUGUUAAUGCACACGGAUGCUCCCAAAAUAAUUGAUGAUAGGGAAGUAGAUACUACAUAGAUUACCCAACCGGCCAAGAGGUAGACAAACAGGAAAGGGCCGACGCCACCUUGCAAACUUUGUAUACCAGCCAAAGUUGUUGCCUUAGCUCUUAGCUUAACUACAACUACUUAAUCAAUUUGGGGAUACAGACAACCGACCAAAACAUGAGAAUUCUUUCGUUGAAAUUAUGACGUAUCCAAAAACAGAAAUAUGAUCAACAUGAUACAUUGAAGGGUCACUCAUUUAUCAAUCCUUCUCCCCACCAUCUUAAAUAAAGCAAAGAGUGAAAA